AUGGACCAGACGGCCAUCUUUAUCGACAUGAACGGUAAAACCACAAUCGAUUUUGUGGGAGUUCCAACUGUGGAUGUAGGUUUAAAUAUUAUGAUUGAUCUUACAUUUUUACGGUUUGAUCUUUACGUUUUAGGUAGUGAAGUGAACGGAUUCCGAGCUUCUGUCUUCCUCGCGUCUGCGACUGGGCAAAAACUGCCCCCGCUGAUCGUCUUUGCUGGAAUCGCCGGCGGGCCGGUCUCGCAGGCGGUUUGGAGUCCAUACUUCGGGGCCCCAGACUGUGAGCAUACAGUCCAGCGCAAGGCAUACCGCAGCGAAGAGGUCAUGCUCGAGUGGAUCCAACGGAUCUGGAAGCCGAGUGUAAAUGGCUGCAAGCUACUGCUGCUGGACAGCCUGAAAGUCUACAAGAUGGAGGAGGACUGCUGCACCCAAGUCGAGUUUGUCCCACCUGGAAUUACUGGCAUUGCCCAGCCGAUGGACGUCGCAGUGAUGAAGUCGUUCAAAGAUAACGUCAGGAAGCGCUACCUUGCCUACCACGUAGAGAACAGCUUUCCCGACACGCCAGACCAAAAGCGGGAGCUCAUCUCACGCUUUGUCGCCGAAGCGUGGUGGAAUGUCUCGCCUGCGACCAUUCGGAAUGGCUUCAUCAAGAGCGGCAUCAUCCUGAUAGGUCCGAGGGACCGCCUUGGGCGUUUCUGCGUCGCCGCAGAAGUAGCAGAAGAAGCGCCAAUUUUAGAGGACCAGUAG